CAGGAGUUGCUGAGGAGUCUGGUUUAUUUUAAACUCCAGUGAAGGGAAAACCCAUUGUCACCUGAGGCUGUCUGCCCUGGCGGAAGAGGGGGCUUGUCGAGGGCCAGGAUGGUUCUGUGUCUUGUGGAUCCAGUGUGCACCUGUGGCUUCCUCAGCGAGCAGUAGGCCUGGGGAGGGCUGGAGUUUGCUUCUGGCCCCCUGAGGACAGGGUUCAGGCAGAGGCCUCAGGCAGGAGUCUUCAGGGACUGCCAGUCAACCUCACAAAAGCUGGAGAAAAGAUCAGGGUGGCCCUACAGCAAGUACCUAACCUUUCUGGCACCUGGGACAGGUUUCAUGGAUGACAAUUUUUCCGUGUUGGGGAGGAAGGUUUCGGGAUGAAACUAUUCCACCUUAGUUCAUCAGGCAUUAAAUUCUCACAAGGAGAGCGCAAUCCAGAUCCAAGUGCGCAGCUCACAGUAGGGUUCACGCUCCUAUGGGAAUCUGUUGCCCAGGCUGAUCUGAAAGUGGGUGGAGCUCGGGCGAUCAUGCUCCCUCAAUGCUCCCUCACCUCAUCUUGUGCUGCCUGGUUCCUAACGGGCCACAAGCUGGUACUGGUCUGCACCUGGGGGUUGGGGACCUCUGCUCUAUAGGAUUGGCCUUGGUAUACCCAGCCCAGGAAACAGAGCCCAGUGACUUCCUAGUUUCUCAGCCAGAGAGGGCCAGGACCCCAGAGCAAGCCAGGAGAGGGGGCAGAGGCGACUUAGGCCCGGACAGGCAGCCCAGGCCGCCAGGAUCACGGGUCCUCCCCACGAUCGCCUCAGGAGUCCUGGAGUUUGUGAUGCUGCACCUUAGCGAGGCCCGAGCCAUAGUUCUCCAGUUGCUUCUGCCCGUAGCAGUGCAGGGCCAGGAGGGGACACAGGAGGCCUUGCGUCACUACUGCAUGGUGCCAAAGGGGGCCCGCGGGUGGCCCAGCACGGGCAGCACGGCUGCCGCCAGGAAGACUCAGAACGUGUCCCAAGAAGAUCCCAGCCCCUCCUCGGGACAGAAGUGAUGGGGCAUCCUUGGGUGAGGAAGCUCCAGCUCCGAGGUGAAGGGCGCCCGGUGCUCCCAGGCAGAGCAGCCGCAGGAAGAGGGGCUUGGAGGCCAUGCUACCGCGGGCCGCGGAAUCCAAAGCGGCCCGGCCGGCGACAGACACUACUGCCUUGUAGGAGAAGGACCUGCCCGGGGAGCCACCUGCACUCGGCUCACACUCCGCUCCCAGGACCCCCAGGUCCCUGCCCAGGCCACCCUCGGGUGGGCGCGGUCCGCGGGGCUGGACCCGCCCGAGCCGCCCUGACUUCAGGCCUCGGACGCUCCGCGCAAGAAGACAGAGUGCGCCCCGGUCCGCAGUCUGGGGUGUGGACACACGGCCAGGACGCCGACAGUGGGGCCUCGACAGCAGCGCGGGGAGACAGCGGACGCCCAGCCCUGCGGGGAAAGGAAACCCCCCGCCCACUGGGCGCUGACCCCGCCUCACGCAGCAACUGCGCAGGCGCAGCCGAUGGUCCUUCGCGCACUCCCCAGCCUUUGUGCGCGUGCGCCUCACGUGACGUUACCGCCGCGCGGGGGCGCGCAGUCACCCUCCGGCCGCCAGGGGGCGCGGCCCCCCGCUCUCUCUCGCCGCUGACGGCGCAUGCGUCCGCCCAGCUCCGCCUUUGCCUCCAAGGCUUUGCCGGCUUGUGCGGCAUCCGCCUCGGUGUGCAGGUUGUGCUUCCGGUGCGGAGGUCAGGGACAAGAUGGUGCCGCCGGUGCAGGUCUCUCCGCUCAUCAAGCUCGGCCGCUACUCCGCCCUGUUCCUCGGUGUGGCCUACGGAGCCACGCGCUACAAUUACCUAAAACCUCGGGCAGAAGAGGAGAGGAGGAUAGCAGCAGAGGAGAAGAAGAAGCAGGAUGAACUGAAACGAAUUGCCAGAGAAUUGGCAGAAGCCCAAGAUGACAGCAUAUUAAAGUGAGUGACCCUGCGACCCUCUCUUUGGAGCAGCAGCGGAUGAAUAAAGCUUCCUGUGUUGUGUGAUA